AUGUCAGAUUCGGUCAUUGCUAACUAUAAACUGGUCAAGGCACCAAUUUACUCCCAUUGCUUUUCUCAGGAUCGGUCGCUUUUGGCGAUUACCUAUAAUUCUGAUUGUUUGAUAUACAGAAUUGUUGCUGGAGGCAAACCUCAGCUCGUGGCCACAUUAGCUGAUCACGACAAAACUGUUACAGCUGUUGACAUCUCUGUUCAUGGUCGUAUUGUGACUUGUUCUCAAGAUCGGAAUGCUAUUGUGUGGGAGCCUUUGAGUGAUGGUUCUUAUAAGCCAACAUUAGUUUUGCUUCGUAUCAACAGGGCGGCGACCUGCGUUAAGUGGGCCGCCAAUGGAUUCAAGUUUGCUGUUGGCUCUUCGGCGAGAAUAAUUGCAGUGUGCUAUUAUGAGCAGGAGAAUGACUGGUGGGUUUCAAAACACAUCAAAAAGCCAAUUAAGUCCACUAUCAACUGCAUAUCUUGGCACGAUAAUGGUGUCUUGUUGGCAUGUGGUGGAACAGAUGGAUAUGUCCGUGUGUUUUCGGGUUUUGUGAAGGGCCUUGAUUCAAAGUCUCAAGUUUCAGGAUCACCUUGGGGUGAAAAGUUCCCCUUCGGAACUCUAGUUCGCGAGUGGUAUCAUGGAGCAUGGAUCCAUGGGCUUGAAUGGCGCAACAACAACGAAAGACUGGCAUAUGUGGCUCACGAUGGAACCUUAAAUGUUGUUGAUUCGGCGCAAUAUUUCUCUAGCGUUGAGUCGCCAGAAGGUCUGCCCUUCUUGUCUCUGGUGUGGAUUAAUGACAACGAGAUACUAUGUGGUGGUUAUUCGUGUCAUCCCGUUCUAUUUACUGAGGGUGCCGAUGGCUGGAAAUUCUCCAAGAAUCUUGAUAAGGUGGGCGCAAGUCAUCCCUCAGUUACUUCUGAGACUGGCGACGAAGAGGAUGGUGAGAAUUCCUCGUUUGGUAUUUCAGCAUUGAAAAAGUUUAAAGAGCUUGACCUGAAGGGUAAGGUAACAACAGACGUUCAGAAAAGUACUCACGAAAAUGCCAUUGUAGAGCUAGCUCCAUUUGCAGUGUCCAAUGGCAAUGUCUCCCAAGUUUCGUCUUGUGGUCUUGACGGUAAGGUAGUCAUCUACAGAAUUUGA